AUGGAGAAAGGGAAUGAAACUUUUGUCUCUGGAUUCAUCCUGCAGGGGCUCUUCAACCAGGCAGGGCACGAAGGCCUCAUCUUCUCCCUCCUCCUCUUCAUGUACCUGCUGAGUCUCCUGGGCAACCUGCUGAUUGUCCUCCUGAUCCAUUGCGAUGCUCAUCUCCGCCACACACCCAUGUAUUUCUUCCUCAGCUACCUCUCUCUGGCUGACGUGGGACUUGCAUCUUCUAUUGUCCCCAUAACGUUAUGCAAUCUGGUGUCCCGGGACAAGAUCCUCUCCUACGGUGGCUGCUUGUCUCAAACGUAUUUUCUCUUGGCCUUUGGCAACAGCGACAACUUCCUGCUCACUGCCAUGGCCUACGACCGCUACUUGGCUAUCUGCCGCCCACUGCACUACGCGGCCUUGAUGAAUAUCAAGAGCUGCCUCUUGAUGGUCUCUGGCUGUUGGCUUCUGGCUUUUCUGCAGUCCUUGAUGUACACACUGAUGCUCUCCCGUCUUUCCUUCUGUGCGUCCCGUGAGAUCCGCCAUUUUUUCUGCGAUGUCAAUCCGCUCUUAAGGCUUUCCUGUUCGGACACCACUCCCAUAGAGAUGGUAGUGAUGACGGAAGGUAUGCUAGAUAUUCUGGGACCCUGUACACUCAUUGUGGUCUCCUAUGGACACAUCUUCCUGACUGUAAUGAAGACCCCAUCUUCGAGUGGAAAACUCAAGGCCUUCUCCACAUGUGGUUCUCACCUGACUGUGGUGAUCUUGUUCUACGGCACCAUCCUCUGCGUCUACUUGCUGCCUGCCUCUGAGAACAAGACCCUGCCUUCCCUCAUGUACACGGUGGUCACCCCGAUGCUGAACCCCUUCAUCUACAGUCUGAGGAACAAUGAGAUGAAGGGUGCCCUAAGGAGACUCAUUGGCCAGAUGCGAAUGUCCCACAAUAACUGGAAAUAA